GUGCCGCCCGGGAGGCGGGGGCGGGAGCCCAGGGGGUGCGGCUGCGGGGAGGGGAGGACCCGGAGCACGGUGCCGGGCUGAGCGGCCUCGGGUCCCAGGAGGCGACGCACAGGUUUCGAGGGGCAGACCCCGCCCGGAAGGCGGAGGGCGUCGGAUUUAGAGCCUCCCGCGGCUCGAGGCUUGGAGGAGCCGGGCGGGGGCGUCUUCAGGGAAACGGCGGAGCCGCGGGCCGGUGGGGGGCGGCGGCCACCACACAGAGGCUCCUUCCGCGGUGACCACACUGGCUGCUUUCGUUUCCUCUCGUGAUAGGUGCUUGGUUGGUCUGUCCUGUCACAGCGAGGUAUGAAUCGUCCUCGCGAGAUUUGUCCACAGGCAGAGCGAGGCCGAGGGUUGACGUCCUGGGCUUCUCAGGAACCAGUGCCCUAAGGACUUGUGUGUGAGGUCCGCAAGAGCAGGGGCUCUGGGGCCAGGCUGCCACCAUUCCCGAGCUCAUCACCCAGGCUGUGACCUCUAUUGGGCAAGGCCUAGGUCUUAGUUGUCUAACCUGUUUUCAGGGAGAUGACCCAGAGGCAGUUUUGAGAAUGAGGUGCCUGGCGGGCGCACAGUAAGUCAGCAGCAGAGCUGACACCCAGGUGGCCUCCUGCCCGGCCCAGCACCAUGCACACCCUUGUGUUCCUGAGCACACGGCAGGUGCUCCAGUGCCAGUCAGCUGCCUGCCAGGCCCUGCCCCUGCUGCCACGAGAGCUCUUCCCCUUGCUCUUCAAAGUGGCCUUCAUGGACAAGAAGACCGUUGUGCUGCGCGAGCUGGUGCACACGUGGCCCUUUCCACUGCUUAGCUUCCAGCAGCUGCUGCAGGAGUGUGCCCACUGCAGCCGGGCCCUGCUGCAGGAGCGGCCUAGCACAGAGAGCAUGCAAGCCGUGAUCCUGGGGCUGACUGCCCGGCUCCACACCCCGGAGACUGAGGCUGGCACACAGCCCCUCGUCAGGAAGCACACGCUGCGGGUGCUGGACAUGACGGGCCUUCUGGAUGACGGCGUGGAGCAGGACCCGGGCACCAUGAGCAUGUGGGACUGCACAGCAGCGGUGGCCCGCACGUGCAUCGCACAGCAGCAGGGCGGGACUGCAGAGCCCGGCCUGGCCCCCGUUCCUGUGGAGGUGCGUGUGGACCUGCGGGUGAACCGGGCCUCUUAUGCAUUCUUGCGGGAGGCACUCCGUAGCAGCGCGGACAGUCCACUGCGGCUCUGCUGCCGGGACCUGCGGGCUGAGGACCUGCCCAUGCGCAAUACCGUGGCCCUGCUGCAGCUUCUGGAUGCGGGCUGCCUGCGCCGCGUGGACCUGCGCUUCAACAACUUGGGCCUGCGAGGCCUGUCCGUCAUCAUCCCACACGUGGCCCGCUUCCAGCACCUGGCCAGCCUGCGGUUACACUAUGUGCACGGGGACUCUCGGCAGCCCUCUGUGGACGGCGAGGACAACUUCCGUUACUUCCUGGCCCAGAUGGGCCGCUUCACCUGUUUGCGGGAGCUCAGCAUGGGCUCCUCUCUUCUCUCGGGGCGGCUGGACCAGCUGCUCAGCACCCUGCAGAGCCCCCUGGAGAGCCUGGAGCUGGCCUUCUGUGCCCUGCUGCCUGAGGACCUGCGUUUCCUGGCACGGAGCCCCCAUGCUAUCCACCUCAAGAAGCUGGACCUGAGUGGCAAUGACCUGUCCGGCAGCCAGCUGGAGCCCUUCCAGGGUCUGCUGCAGGCAGCAGCAGCGACGCUGCUGCACCUCGAGCUGACCGAGUGCCAGCUUGCUGAUACCCAACUGCUGGCCACACUUCCCGUGCUGACUCGUUGUGCCAGCCUCCGCUACCUCGGCCUCUACGGCAACCCGCUGUCUAUGGCGGGCCUCAAGGAGCUCUUGAGGGACUCGGUGGCACAGGCCGAGCUGCGCACGGUGGUGCACCCUUUCCCCGUGGACUGCUAUGAGGGCCUGCCCUGGCCACCGCCUGCCUCUGUCCUGCUGGAAGCCUCCAUCAAUGAGGAGAAGUUUGCCCGCGUGGAGGCCGAGUUGCACCAGUUGCUACUGGCCUCAGGCCGUGCCCACGUGCUCUGGACCACAGACAUCUAUGGGCGCCUGGCUGCAGACUACUUUAGCCUGUGACCUCCAGGCUGUGGGUGAGAGUUAGGCUGUCCUGGGGUCCAGGGCUACUGGAGAUCUCUUGCCCCUUGGAUAGUCAGAGCCUUUGGGACCUUGCUGGAGGCCUGACACAAAGGCACUAGUCUCUGAUUUCUUUGCUCCUGGGCGCACCUUGAGCAUGCCCAUGCUUUUUGCAGCACCCUGUGCGGUUUGUCCUGCACCCGCUCCCCUGACUCGCUGACCAUCUGUGGGCCUGAGGGCUGGAUUCCAGGCCUACAUGGCCCUGCCUGGUUAGGCUGCACUCAGCUGCCCUCCCGUGUCCUGGUUCUCUCCUUGGAAUGUUCCUGGGAUCUGUGAGCUGAAAGAGGAUGUUCUCCUUUGGGCCCUCCCCAAGAGCAGACUGCUCUGGGGUGGAAGUUUGGACAGGGGCCUGCUUCAAGGAGGGUUGGGCUCCCAGGCACUUGGGGGCCUCUUAACGUUCUCCUUUCCCUGGCACACAGGAAACUGCCUGUCGGCCGGGUUUGGGGGCCAGAGGGUGUCUUUAAGGUACAAACGUGCAGUAUGCUUAGAACUUAAAUCUGUGGCUAUUUUUUCUGUC